CAUCACAUUCCUCUUGCUUGCUACUACAGAUCCUGUUUGCUGCAGCUCCUUUUCGUAUCCGGUUCAACCAUUUACAAGAAACAUGACAACAACAAUCGCCAAGUUUGCUCACUUACAAAUUCCACUUGAAGACGUAGUAAAGGCCACCAAUAACUUUCAUGAUGAUAACAUCAUCGGACACGGUGGAUUUGGACCAGCAUACAAAGGACAACUCCAACGAUCGGGGAAGUCGAUAAAGAUUGCUGCGAGGAGGUUAGAUCGUAAGCAUGGGGAAGGAGACAUUGAGUUCUGGACGGAAAUUUCAGCGCUUUCUGAUCUCAAGCAUAAAAAUCUAGUCUCUCUCAUUGGAUUUUGCAAUGAGAAAGGUGAGAAGAUCAUCAUAACUACUUAUGAGGUCAACGGAAGUCUCCAGGAGCAUCUAAACAACCCAAACCUCACAUGGACGCAAAGAUUGAAGAUAAGUAUUGGUGUGGCUCGUGCAUUGAGCUACCUCUGUUACGAUGAGGGACGCAGUUAUGGUGUUAUACAUCGUAACGUAAACAGCUCCACAAUUUUAUUAGAUGAGAACUGGGAAGUCAAGUUAUCUGGUUUUGAAAUUUCCAUCAAACAAGCGGUAAAUCGAAUGGAUCAGGUCAUCCUAUCUGAACCUAUUGGCACAAUAGGGUAUAUGGACCCAGAAAUUGAAAAGACUAAAGGUGUGACUCAUAAGUCUGACAUCUACUCAUUUGGUGUGAUUUUAUUUGAAAUAUUGUGCGGGAGGAGAGCAUAUAGUAAGAAUGAGGCUAAUAGAUUUCUAGCUCCACUGGCCAAGUAUCAUUGCGAAAAUGAAACUUUGCCGGAUAUAAUCUAUCUCGAUCUAAAGAAUCAAAUGUCCCCGCAAUCACUCCAUAUAUUCUCAAACUUAGCAUAUUCUUGCUUAAAGGAGCAACGAGCAGACCGUCCAGAUACGAACAAUAUUGUCAAUGAGCUUGAGAAAGCAUUGGAAUUUCAGCUAUCACGUGAAAAUCUUGUAAAGAACUUGAAACACUUGACGAUUCCUCUUAGUCACAUUAAAUUGGCAACCAAUGAUUUCUCAGAGACAUACAAAAUUUGUCAUUUGGAAGGCUCUACUAUGUACAGGGCCAAACUUGAUCAUUAUGAUAAAGGAAAUCAUUCAUCCAAGAGAUACAACACUGUUCUUAUUAAACGCUACCCUUUUGGAAAUGAAUAUUACACAGAAAUGGAUUUUCUUACCGAAAUUGAAAUCCUUACAAGUGGAGUUAAGCAUCCCAACAUCGUCACUCUACUUGGAUUUUGUAUUGAAGCUUUUGAGAUGAUACUUGUCGUUGACAAUAUUUCUAAUGGAUUCCUUGGUGAUUAUUUGGAUAACAUCAAUAAUAAACGUAUUUUGACUUGGGAAAAACGUUUGAAAAUCUGCAUUGAUGUUGCACACGCAUUGAAUUACAUUCAUUCUGGGUUGGACGACCAAAAGAUGCUAAUUCAUCGUGAUAUAUGUAGCUACAACAUUGGGUUGGACGAGAACUUGGGGGCAAAGAUUGUUCACUUUUGGAGGUCUGUAUUCAUGCCUCCAAAUCACGAAGACCAAGCUCUCCAUCUCGAAUUGGUUGGAAGACAAAACUACGUAGAUCCAGAAUAUAUGAAUACUUAUAAGGUAAAAAGAGAGUCAGAUGUUUAUGGUUUUGGAAUAGUCUUGUUUGAAAUUCUAUUUGGGAGGUUAGCCAAUGACCCAAUUUACAAGAAGGAGGGUGAAAAAGGGCUAGUCUUUGUGGCAAGACAAAACUUCUACACUGAAACCCUAGAGGAAAUGAUAGACCCUAUAAUAAAGGAAGAAACAGGUGAAAAUAGUUUUGUUUUAAAUAGAGGACCCAACAAGGAUUCUUUACACACGUUUAUUGCAAUUGCACACCAAUGUGUGAUAAAAACUCAAGACAAACGCCCAACAAUGAAAGUUGUAGUCAAAGAACUCGAGAAAGCAUUAUUCUUUCAAGAAUAA